UUUACAUUUCCAAAGUUAUAUUAUUAAAGAUUAAUUGGUUUAGUUGCAACACAUGGAUCGCUUUACAAAAAUAAUGCUCAGCCGUCUUUGACGUUGCUCAUGGUACACUGCGUAGAAGCAAAUUACCUGUGUACGGUACACAAUGUACCUCAGAUAUAUAGACAUAAUAUUGUUUCAUAAAUCUCUCGUUAAAUGUAGAUCUAUUUAUCGUUAUUGACUUGGGAUUCAAAACGUCAAACACAAAAUUAAUGAAUUGAUCAAGAAACACCAUUAAUAAUAAUUCUUUAAAAAUCGCGGGUGAAAUUUAAAAAUUUAGAAGUGAAAAUAUCUUAUCAAUGAUAACGAUAAUCUGAUGAUGAUAACAAAUGAUAGCGGGUAAAACUAAUUUUUGGGUAGUUUUUAAACUUAUAACGGCAAGUCGACUACUGAGGAAUAGUGGAAAACUGCGUAAAUACUCGGUAGUUGAUUGAUUUAUGUCCAGGAAAUACCAAUUGUACGUUUCAUUAAUCAUGUCUUCAAGAAACAAACGAUCUUUGACUGAUAAAAUUGAUUCCAACGGAGGAAAAAGUAAUGCACAAGUCAUAAAAAAAAGAAAACAUUUGACUAUCAAAUCUGAUACAAACGAAGAAACUUCAAACGUUGAUUGGUACCCAGCCAAUUGGCAAAAGACGUUAGAGAAUAUAAGAAAAAUGCGUAAAGAUGUUGUUGCACCUGUGGACGAUAUGGGGUGCGAUCAAGUUGCUGAUUUAAACGAACGGCCAGAAAUAAUUCGAUAUCAUGUACUUGUAUCAUUAAUGCUAUCAAGUCAAACUAAAGAUGAAGUUAAUUAUGCAGCUAUGCAACGUUUGAAAGAGCAUGGCUUAACUGUAGAUAACAUUUUAGAAACCACAGAUGAACAACUGGGAAAAUUGAUUUAUCCUGUUGGGUUUUGGAAGAGAAAAGUUGAAUAUAUUAAACGAACGACUCGUAUACUUAAGGAUAAUUAUAAUGGUGAUAUACCGAAAACAAUAAAAGAUCUGUGCGAUUUGCCUGGUAUAGGGCCCAAGAUGGCUCAUCUUUGUAUGAGUUGUGCUUGGAAUGAAGUAACAGGAAUUGGAGUGGACACUCAUGUACAUAGAAUAAGUAAUCGUUUGGGUUGGGUAAAAAAAAAUACCAAGACACCAGAAAAUACUCGAGUAGCAUUAGAGUCUUGGUUGCCUAAAGAACUGUGGCGUGAAGUUAAUCAUAUGUUAGUUGGAUUUGGACAAACUAUAUGCCGACCCAUUGGUCCACAUUGUGUUUCAUGUUUAAACAAAUCCAUCUGUCCUUCUGCGGUAUUAAAUAGCUCGCCUAUAAAAAAAAAAAAUGAUUAAUUUUUGACUGUUAUAAG